UGCCACAGCCGAUCAUUCAGCUCCACUCGACAAGAUGAACGUAUUCCAAGGUUGUGUGCUAGUUCUGCUGGGCCUGGUCCUCAGCUCUGUGGAUGCACAGAUACCAACCCGCCAGGAAACGAAGGAGGACAAGGCUUGUGGUCCAGGCCGAUACUACAGCUACGCACGGCACACUUGCCUGCCGUUCUAGUGCUGUGUCCAACGUUUUGCAUAUCUAUAGAAGUCAAAAAUGUAGAUAAUAAAUGCACUGCAACUAAAUA